CCUCUCCCAUUUACAUAACAUUUAUACAGUUUCCAUUUUCAAGGCUGCCAUAUUCUCACAAAAUUCCUCUUCCCUCUCUACUAGUAACAGUAAUGGAUUCUCUCCCCUUAUUCCUCACCGGAACUCUCCUCGCCGCGGGCCUUUACUGGUUCUUCUUUAUCUAUGGCUCCGCCGAACGCCAAGGCAAACUCGCUGUCAACCUCUCCGGCGGCUCAAUCUCCUCCGAGAAAAUUCAAGACAAGUACAAACAGUACUGGUCUUUCUUUCGCCGCCCGGAGAAGAUCGAAACCACCGAAAAAGUCCCCGAUUUUGUAGAUACCUUUUACAACUUAGUCACGGACAUUUACGAAUGGGGCUGGGGCCAGUCCUUCCAUUUCGCUCGUCCGAUUCCGGGAAAAUCUUACAAAGAAGCCACUCGCCUCCACGAAGAAAUGGUCGCCGAUCUAGUCAACGCCAAAUCCGGCGAUCGAAUUCUCGACGUUGGAUGCGGUGUCGGUGGUCCGAUGCGGUCGAUCGCCGCCCAUUCCAAAGCGAAUGUGGUCGGAAUCACAAUUAACGAUUACCAAGUCCAACGCGCUAGAUUACACAACAAAAAAGCCGGAUUAGACUCGCUCUGUGAAGUCGUAUGCGGAAAUUUCUUAGAAAUGCCCUUUUCUGAUGAGAGUUUCAAUGGAGCUUACGCCAUUGAAGCAACCUGUCAUGCACCGAAGCUUGAAGAUGUAUACUCUGAAAUUUACAGAGUGUUGAAGCCAGGUUCAUUAUUCGUAUCGUUGGAAUGGGUUUCGACGGAUAAAUACGAUACUACAAAUCCAGAGCAUGUGAAGAUUAUUGAAGAGAUUGCAAGAGGGAAUGCUUUGCCGGGAGUGAAAUCGUACGACGACGUAGCGAAGUCGGCGAAGAAAGUGGGAUUUGAGGUUUUGAAAGAAGAGGAUCUGGCAAAGCCGCCGGCCCUGCCGUGGUGGGGCCGAUUGAAAAUGGGCAGAGUGGCGUACUGGAGGAAUCAUAUCCUCGUUACGAUUCUUGCCGCGUUGAGAAUCGCUCCUAAAGGAACUUUGGAAGUUCAUGAAAUGUUGGUGGAGGCCGCCGAUUAUUUGACUCGAAGCGGCGACGCUGGAAUCUUCUCGCCGAUGCAUUUGAUCGUCUGUAGAAAACCUGAAUCGUCUAAAACUUGUUAGAGUUUGUCAGGGUUCCGGUACGGCGCCGUUUCACAUGUCUAUCUAUUUUCCUGCCUUUCUUUUAAUUAUUAUUAUGAUUAUUAUUACUAUUCCUUCUUGUUUUCGUCGUCAUCUAAUAUUUUCCUUUCGAAACUCUAUUUUCUGUAAUUGGGAAUUAUUUAUAAAGA